GAGUGAGGGCGGAAGCCAUUAUUAGUGGUGGCGGUAGCGGGCAGCGCGUCGUGAGGGUGUCGGUGGAGCAAGAUGUCGAUCGAAAUCGAGUCCUCCGAUGUGAUCCGCCUGAUCAUGCAGUACCUGAAGGAGAACAGCUUGCACCGAGCCCUUGCCACCCUUCAAGAGGAAACCACCGUGUCCCUAAACACUGUGGACAGUAUUGAAAGCUUCGUGGCAGACAUCAACAGUGGGCACUGGGACACGGUGUUGCAAGCCAUACAGUCGCUGAAGCUACCCGACAAGACCCUCAUUGAUCUCUAUGAGCAGGUUGUGCUGGAGUUGAUUGAGCUCCGGGAGCUAGGUGCUGCCAGAUCUCUCCUGAGACAAACAGAUCCCAUGAUUAUGCUAAAACAAACUCAGCCAGAGCGGUACAUACAUCUUGAAAACCUUCUGGCCAGAUCUUACUUUGAUCCUCGUGAGGCAUACCCAGAUGGAAGUAGCAAAGAGAAGCGGAGAGCUGCUAUUGCACAAGCUUUAGCUGGAGAAGUCAGCGUGGUGCCUCCCUCUCGUCUUAUGGCAUUGCUGGGGCAGGCACUUAAGUGGCAGCAGCAUCAGGGCCUGCUUCCUCCUGGUAUGACAAUUGACUUGUUCAGAGGCAAAGCAGCUGUGAAAGACGUAGAGGAAGAAAAGUUCCCAACACAGCUGAGCAGACAUAUUAAGUUUGGGCAGAAGUCACAUGUGGAGUGUGCUCGGUUUUCCCCAGACGGACAGUACCUUGUUACUGGCUCUGUUGAUGGUUUCAUUGAAGUGUGGAAUUUCACUACUGGAAAGAUUAGGAAGGAUCUGAAGUACCAGGCACAAGAUAAUUUUAUGAUGAUGGAUGAUGCAGUGCUUUGCAUGUGCUUCAGCAGAGAUACAGAAAUGCUAGCAACUGGAGCACAGGAUGGAAAGAUCAAGGUUUGGAAAAUUCAGAGUGGUCAGUGUCUGAGGAGAUUUGAACGAGCACACAGCAAAGGCGUUACAUGCCUCAGCUUCUCUAAAGACAGCAGCCAAAUUCUUAGUGCUUCAUUUGAUCAGACAAUCAGGAUUCAUGGUUUAAAAUCUGGGAAAACUUUAAAGGAGUUCCGUGGUCAUUCUUCAUUUGUCAAUGAAGCUACGUUUACCCAGGAUGGCCAUUAUAUUAUUAGUGCAUCUUCUGAUGGCACAGUGAAGGUUUGGAAUGUGAAGACGACAGAGUGCUCAAACACCUUCAAAUCCCUUGGCAGCACUGCUGGGACAGACAUUACUGUGAAUUGUGUCAUUCUGCUCCCUAAAAACCCCGAACACUUUGUUGUUUGCAACAGAUCAAACACAGUCGUCAUUAUGAAUAUGCAAGGACAAAUUGUAAGAAGCUUUAGCUCUGGUAAGAGAGAAGGUGGUGACUUUGUCUGCUGUGCACUUUCACCUCGUGGUGAAUGGAUCUACUGUGUUGGUGAAGACUUUGUGCUCUAUUGCUUUAGCACAGUGACUGGCAAGCUGGAGAGAACUCUGACUGUUCAUGAAAAAGAUGUCAUUGGCAUUGCUCACCACCCCCACCAGAACCUGAUUGCCACCUACAGUGAAGAUGGCCUGCUCAAGCUCUGGAAGCCAUAGCUUGAUUUUACAACAAGCUAUUAAGUGUGCCUGUUAGUUGCAGGUUAUUGGUGUUUGUGCUUUAACAAGGUCUGAAUACGGAGAGUGUGAUACUUGCUCCAUUUUCAGUUCAGUUUUUCAGAGAAUGACAUUUUUAAUUCUUGGUCUAAGUUUAGGUAGAUUGAUGCUUAAAUAUAGCAUCAUUUAAUUUCAGAUACUUUUUAUUUUAACCAGAGUAGCCCAAGCAACUUCAAGUGAGUGUUUUUUCUGUAUCCUGACGUCUGUACUCUUCCCAUAGUGUUUAUAAAAGUUGAAUAAGCUAGGAACUAUAUACACCUAAAAAUAAGUGGUUGGUGACUUCCUAGAAUAUGGUAAAAUACUUUUUCUGAAUGAAUUAUGUGGAAUGAAAAUGUCUUUUUUUCCACAGAAACAGAGGGAGUUUUACCAGAAUGCAGAUAAGGCCACUCUAUGCUCAGCUUGAAGGCAGAGUAUUUUCUAGUCCAGUGUACUUUUCUAGUACAGUGAAUACUGUAUUUAGUAUUCACUAUAUUUUUUCCAUUUUUAUAUAUAUUAAGUAGUGUCACACAGCUUCCUUGGAGCCAGACUAUUCUUCCUCAUCUCCCAGCACUUCCUAAUGUGACAGUGAGAUACAGUUGGGCUUUUAUUGUGGGCGGCUUUUGUGGUUUGUUUGUUGUGGGGGUUUUCUUGUCCUUCGUUUUACUUCACUUCCAAGCUAAAAUGAAUUAUUACCUGGGCCCUCUUCCUGUAGGUGCAUAAUGUCUUCAAUCUUUAAUUGAAGUGAGCUGCAUAGGAUCAGUACUUUAAAAGAUGGAAAAUCUGGUGUACAUAGGCCAAGUUCCUAGUGCUGUGACGCUGCACAUGCUACAGUUGUAUUGGGCUUUUUUACAGUUUACUCAGUUCAGCUUCCUAUUUUCCCAAAAGGGCAUGGCAUAGACUAAGUAAUUAUUAGCAAGGUUUUUGUUUAAUUUUAAAAUUCCAUAUGCCUGUGAACCUAGUGGAAGUGCUACUUGAUUCGCACACUAUGGUAAAGUUAAUCCUUCAGGCUCUUCAGUUUGGAGCAGGUGGUGGUUCUGUUUCAGAUCCUGACCAAUGCACUCUGCGGUGAAUGUGCACAGGAAUCUUCUCCAAAGUAUCACCUAAAAAAUUGCCUAAAUCAGUUCUAAUUGGGCUUGAUCUUUAUACAAGUGUUGGUUAUCAGCUAGUGUCAAGUGUACUCACCCAUGCACUUCAUUGGUCUGUGUUAAUACUGGUCUAAGGAGAUGAAGAAAAGAAAUCAGCUUAACUUCUCGCACAGCAUUGCUUGUUCACUACAACUGUAGUGCUUUGUUCUGUUUAGCUGUAAUGUUUUAAUUGCUAAGUUUUUUUUUUACUUCCCUCGAUAUUGCAAUAAAGUUAUUUUGUAGAUAGCAGAAA